CGUAGUUACAUACUUCUGCCCUCUUCCGAGGCGCUCGUUCCGCGCUGAGAGUCGCCUCAGGCUGUGGCUGUGGCCGCCGCCUAAUGUUUUCACGCUCCUCCCUUUCCUCCUCCUCUUUCUCCUCCUCCGAGUCCCAGUCAGGCCGACCUGCUCCGCUCGCGGGCAGAAAACUAAGACCUAACUUGCUACCUUGUCUGGAGUCACAUGGUGACUCUGCAGCUUGAUGGACAACGACAACCCUUUUCAACCAAAAAAUAAUUCCAAAAUGGCAGAACUGUUCAUGGAAUGUGAAGAAGAAGAGCUGGAACCAUGGCAGAAGAAAGUAGAAGGAAUUCAAGAUGAAGAUGAUGAUGAGCUGAUCUUUGUGGGAGAGAUACAAAGUUCAAAACCAGCCAUUUCAAAUAUUUUGAACAGAGGUAAUCCCAGCUCAUCUUCAAAGGAAACAAAGAAAGAGACAGUCCGUCAAGGUGUUACUGGUGAUUUCAAGCCUACAAGUGAAUACUACAAACACCCGACAUCAGAUCCAGUGGCUGCCUUGCCUAGAUUUCAUCCUGAAAUGAUGAAAUCUGAUAUUGUUCAGCACAUGUCUAAACCUGAUUUUACAAAGAAUUCAUCACAAGAUGAAUCGGAUGAUUCUUCAGAUAUAGUGUUCGACUUGACCCAGGAUACAAUACCACCAUCCCAAGAUGGAUCAACAGUUUAUAUAGAAGAUCUAGAUGAAACUCCGCCUAUAAUAGAAUGUUCUUCUGUUUCUAAAGUAAACCGUGUUAAUCCAAAAAAGCCAAAGACCAGCGAAAGAGUUUCUGACAUAAAUCCUUGUGCUUCAUUGUCUUUAAUUAACUCUCCUUCAAUGACAUCCUCCCAUAUCUUGCUAUCAAAAGGUACAAAUACCUCACCAACUCUCCAUAAAACUGGAACAGCGUUUCUAAGAUCUUGUCCAAAGUGCAAUGUUCAGUUCAAUCUUUUGGAUCCUUUGAAAUAUCACAUGAAGCGUUGUUGUCCAGACAUGGUAAAUGCAUUUUUGGAAAUGAUUAAAGCAGAACUUUCCAGUACUGAAGAUAAAAAGGAGACUGGUGCAGAGAAAGGAAAAUUGGUUAUGUUAGUUAGUGACUUUUACUAUGGAAGACAUGAAGGAGCUGUUGAUGAGGAACAGAAGACUUAUACAACAUUUAAAUGCUUCAGUUGCUUGAAAAUUCUUAAAAAUAAUAUUAGGUUUAUGAACCACAUGAAACAUCAUUUGGAACUUGAGAAGCAGAACACUGAGAGCUGGGAAAACCACACCACCUGCCAGCACUGCUACCGUCAGUAUCCCACACCAUUCCAGCUGCAGUGUCACAUUGAGAGCACACACACUCCCCAUGAGUUUUCUACUAUUUGUAAAAUCUGUGAAUUAUCAUUUGAAACAGAACAUACUCUUUUACAACAUAUGAAGGACACUCAUAAACCCGGUGAAAUGCCAUAUGUUUGCCAGGUUUGCCAGUUUAGAUCAUCAACAUUUUCUGAUGUAGAAACUCAUUUUAGAGCAACCCAUGAAAAUACUAAGAACUUGCUAUGUCCAUUUUGCCUCAAAGUUAGUAGAAUGGCAACCCCCUACAUGAAUCAUUACAUGAAGCAUCAGAAGAAAGGAGUUCAUCGUUGUACAAAAUGCAGACUACAAUUUUUGACCUACAAAGAGAAACUGGAUCACAAGACCCAGCAUCGGACAUUUAUAAAGCCUAAAGAGCUAGAAGGAUUGCCUCCUGGUACAAAAGUUACUAUUCGAGCUUCAGUUGGACCUCUUCAUUCAGGUCUAUCAACUACAUCUUCCACGAAUACUCCAGGCACUUCUCUUCAGCUCUCACCUUUGAAGUCUACAAGUACAACUGCUGCAAAUCCUACAAAAGCUAAUGAACAUAAAUAUAAGACAAGAAAGCCUCGUGCAACUACGUCCACUGCAAGUAAGCAAGGUAGAGAUGCAUGUGAAUAUAAAGCAAAAACCUAUUACAGGCAAAAGAAAGAGCGCAACAGGAAGAAUAAAAUCAGCAUAGCUUUGAAGAACUUAAGGUGUCGUCGGGGAGUUCACAAGUGCAUUGAGUGUCGUUCCAAAAUAAAAGAUUUUGCAAGCCACUUUUCAAUAUAUAUCCACUGUAAUUUUUGCAGAUACAAAACAAACUGUAACAAAGCCUUUAUAAAUCAUAUGGUGAGCUCUCAUAGCAGCCAGCCAACUAAACGGUUUUAUAUUUUUAAGAAGCAUUCUGGAACUCUCAGGGGCAUUACUCUGGUGUGCCUUAAAUGUGAUUUCCUAACUGAUUCUUCUGGUUUAGAUCUUAUGGCUAAACACUUAAUUCAACGUAAAACUCAUACUUGCCAAGUUAUAACAGAGAAUGGACAUUGA